AACACCCCCGAUAUUAACCCGUAGUUGUAAGGUUCCUAAUUCCCUGUUUUAAAAGCCUUCUCUCUCUCAUACGCUGAAGCGUACUCUGAGUUCUCUUCUUCAUUGAAGUGGCUUCUGAGCUUUCUCUCCUCCAUUAAAGCAGCUCCUAAGGCUUGUUCAUUCGGUAUAAUUGUGCUAGAAAGGAGGGGAGCGAGAAGAUAAUUAACACCAAGAAGGAAAGAAAAAGAAAUGGGCUCAGAAGGACUUCAUGCUGUGAAAGUUUGUAGGCAACUUCUCAAAUCUGUGAAGAAGCACAUUGGACAGGAAGACUACAAAAGGCACUUUAGUGAUUAUAUGAUGGAAGAGUUUAAGAAGAACCGUCAAUUGUCUGAUCCAUCAUCUAUACAGAAUAAAUUGAAGCUGGCAAAUGAUUAUACUUUCUUGCUUGAUAGUGUCCAUCAUCACAAGGAGCUCCUAUUCUCCUACAACAUUGCUGUGGACAGAUCAGAUGAGAUGAAAAGGAUACUCGGAAAAUCAGCUGCCAGUGUAGGGCUUCAGCUUCCUGAGGUUUAUCAGUCUUGACACUUGCAUAUAUUAUGCACCCUUUCCAUUCAUUUUUCACUGUCUUCAUAAUAAGCAGACUAGUACACUGUACACCUAUUGAACCUAGAGCAAUGUUUACAAGCUGAAUACUGGCUUAGCUGUUUGACUGUGGCUCAUGUCCGUUUUCAACCACUUGAACUGAACCCUUGUUUGAGGGUAGUGGUAAUGUAAUUGUACUAAACAAUGUAUGAGGGAAGCUAUGCUUGAGCAAAGUUAGUCAAAGCAGUUUUAUUGAAAUUAA